AUGGCCGAUAUCACUGCCGCCCUUGAUGAGGAGAAGCCCUCUCCCACCCAGGAGGACUUGCAGCAGGCCACCGGCAACGGCGCUCCUGACAACCGCGCCCCCAAACGGAAUCGCAUGAGCGCCGAUGACGAUGACGACGAUGACGACAAGCCCGGUCGCGAGCGCAGAAAGAUCGAGAUCAAGUUCAUCCAGGAUAAGUCGCGUCGCCACAUCACCUUCUCCAAGCGGAAGGCGGGUAUCAUGAAGAAGGCCUACGAGCUGUCUGUGCUCACUGGUACCCAAGUCCUCUUGCUGGUCGUGUCUGAGACUGGCCUCGUAUAUACCUUCACCACGCCCAAGUUGCAACCAUUGGUGACCAAGGCUGAGGGCAAGAACUUGAUUCAGGCUUGCCUCAAUGCCCCCGAUCCCACCACCAACGAGAAUGGGGUUGAUGCUCCCGACGUCCCCGCCGAAGCCCCCGAGGAUGUGAGCCAUAACAAUGUCAAUGCUCAGCAGCCCAAUAUGCCCCGGCCUCCCGGCAUGCACCCGGGCUAUAUGACCAACGAGCAGCAGCAGCAGAUGGCCUACUACCAGAACCUGCAACAGCAACAGCAGGCCGGCGGGCAGUACCCCGGCAUGCCCGUAGGCAACCGGAUGCCCCCUCAGCACCAACCCACUGCGUAG